GAUACAACUUAUGCACAACAUGUUUAUUUCAAUGCAGUUUUACAAAAUCAAUGCAUAUUAUCGAUACACCCUUGAUAUGAUUAGUAAAAACAAUCGUUUUCAAAUAAAUGCACAUGCACUUUCCAAUGCGCCGAGAACUGUUAUACUGGCUGCGUUGCGCGUAGUUGUGUGAAUCGUAUGCACACAUAGAAGGCGAUUGGAUCGAAGUGACAACUUUCACAACAAAACAAAUGGGUGAGCGUAAACUUUGCCAGGGUACAGGAUAGGCUCCAUCGAGUAAAUUAGUUAAGUUGUAUCGAAAGUGGAAAAGAACAACGAUCGCUCACCAUGGGCAGUUUAAUGGAGGCAUGCUGCACUGGUUUUAUAUGCAGGCUGUGUUCAAAGAUGAAUCGCACCGUAAUUUUCAUCUACGGUGCUGAUGGCCUCGAGCACAACUUGCUGGAGAAAAUCAACAACUAUCUCCCAAUACAGAUCAAUGAAGAGGACGAGCUGCCCAAAACUAUCUGCGACGCUUGUAUGGAUAAAAUUCUGCUCCACCAUCGGCUGAUCGAGCAGAUACAGUCGGCGCAGAAACGUUUCGUGAAGCUGCGGGGUGAAGAGCAGGCCCGGAACGCAACGGCUGCCGAGUCGGCCGCAAGCUCCCGGACGUUAUCCGCCGAAUCCACAGCAAGCUCCCGCACCAUGUCGGUCGAUUCCACGGAUGCCGUGGAAGAACCAGCCGAACGAAUACAGCAAAGCAAUGAAACGAACAACGAAACAGUCGAUAACAGUGCGCCCGCCGAGGCGUCGAAUGAGCGAGGAGCGCAGGAGGAGCCCCAGGUGAACGACAGCACCAGCCAAGAUUCGUCAAGCCAAGAGGCAACGAGCAGCAGCAGUGCCGCAAACGAGACAGUCGGUGAAUCGAGUACAAACCGAGAACCAAACGAACCGGGCUCAUCGACCGCCAAAACACCGAAUCGAUUGAAACGCAAGCAGCCAAAUCCGUCCCAUUCGUCCAAGGUGGCCCGUAAACGGUUAGGAUAGGUAGCUUCAAUCCGCGCCCUUUGUUGCUCCACUCCCCUGGCAGGGUCAAACGGGACGACUAGGGGGCUGGGUGGUUGGCAAUGUUUAACAAAAUCUAUAAUACAUUGCACAUAAAAUCUCGUACGGCUAUUAGCUGCAGGCAUGACUGUUAAAUGUUGCCAAUAGCAGCAUUGAAACGCUAAAUAAGAGAAGCAUCCUUUCGUUCUAUUCAACUCGUCAAUAAAUGUAUCGUUUUAAGUCUAGUAAUACAACGUCCUCUAUAAACUCUAACCAUAGUGUGCACGCUACAUUCUGUUUUGUUUUGUGAAUAAAUUAGCUGAUUCGAUUAAUA